AGCAAGAGGAAGGCGUGUGGGAAAGGAGUAUGGAACUGAAAUCUGCAGCUUGCUGUGAACGGCUGACCCAAGAUGUGGCAUUCUGUAGCUGUAACAUGUUUGAUCCAUGGAAUUAUUUUGGUGCAAGGACUCUCUGACAGCAGGUCAAAUGACAAUCCUGAAAUGCAUAUGAAUAUUAGUGAAAUAAUUCAAUACAGAGGAUACCCCAGUGAGGAGUAUGAUGUUGUGACAGCAGACGGCUAUAUCCUCAGUGUUAACAGAAUUCCUCAUGGGAAAGUAAAUGCUGACAACGCAGGUCCAAAGCCUGUUGUGUUUCUGCAGCAUGGUUUACUUGCAGAUGGUUCCAGUUGGAUCAUUAAUCUGGCCACAAACAGCCUGGGCUUCAUUCUAGCAGAUGCUGGCUAUGAUGUUUGGAUAGGAAAUAGUAGAGGGAACACUUGGUCCAGACGACACGUAAACCUUUCAGUGCACCAAGAGGAAUUCUGGGCUUUCAGCUAUGAUGAAAUGGCUAAAUAUGACCAUCCAGCAGUGAUAGAUUUUAUUGUGUAGAAAACUGGACAAGAGAAACUGUAUUAUGUUGGACAUUCAGAAGGCACCACGACAGCUUUUAUAACAUUUUCAACCAUGCCCCAGCUGGCUCAAAGAAUCAAAAUGUAUUUUGCUUUAGCUCCUGUAGCCACACUUAAAUAUGCCCAAAGCCUGUUGACAAAGCUUGCAUUACUUCCCGAUGCAGUGAUCAAGACUGUAGUUGGUACAAAAGAAUUCAUACGACAGAAUUUUUUUGCUGACUUGUUUGCUGCUGAAUUUUGCAGCCAGGGCAUGUUAUCAGAGUUUUGUGGCAACCUCAUGUUUGAGCUGUGUGGAUUUAAUGAGAAGAACUUAAAUAUGAGCCGAAUAUAUGUGUAUAUUACACAUGCCCCAGCUGGAACCUCUGUACAAAACAUAAUUCACUGGAAACAGGUGAUUAAAAGUGGUAAACUGAAAGCUUAUGACUGGGGAAUACCAUCUAACAAAGUCCACUAUGAUCAGGAUACUCCGCCCAUAUACAAUGUGACAGACAUGCAAGUCCCAACUGCGAUGUGGAGUGGUGGAAAUGACUGGCUUGCUGACCCUAUCGAUGUUGACCUUUUGCUCCCACAAGUCACUAAUCUGGUUUACCACAAGGUGAUUCCUGACUGGAACCAUCUGGAUUUCAUCUGGGGCCUCAAUGCACCUGAGCGCAUGUAUAAUGAAAUCCUCGACUUGAUGAGGAAGAAUACAUAAAAAUGUGGCUUUGGGAUCAAGGAUAAUAUUAAUUUCUGUUGAUACCUGUCUUAUUUGGUUUUUAAUGAAUUACAAAACUCUUUAUGUAACAAUCUAUACUUGAUGAAUUUACUUUACUUUAAUAAAAUUCUCUUUAAUGAACUUCA